CAUUGUUUGCUUCCAACUUUCCAUCACAACAGGAGGUUUAGACUGGUCUGCCUGAAGGACUGAAUUCAGCUUAAACAUCUGAAACAGCCUCUUCUCUGAGUCUCCAUUGAAAUGUAUAUGGUGUAAAUCAGGACAGUGUUGUUCCAGCUUCAGUUUCAGCACCUGGAAGAAAUCUGAAUUUCUUUUCCAGGGGGAGAUAUUAAUAAAGACUCUCCAACACGAAACUUCCUCUCUGGCAGCAGGAUCGAGAAUGAAGCAUCGUGGCGAGAGCUCCCCCUGUCGGACCCCGCAGACGUAACUAAUCAAUAACAGAUUUUUAAUCUCAAAGGAUCAACAAGUCGAUCAUGGAUUCAUUUAUUAAAUAAUCAGCAUGGAUGAUCCAUUUGAUUCAUAUCCAGAGAAGGAUGAAAUUAAAGAAAUUAAAGAUUUACUGGAGAACAAUGAUGCUGCUGCUGCAGCUGCAAAGAUCCAGGAGUAUUUGGAUGAGCAGAAUAAUAUUCCACUAAAUAUUGCCGUCACAGGAGAGUCUGGCUCUGGUAAAUCCACCUUUGUUAAUGUCUUUAGAGGCAUAAACAACAGAGAUGAAGGAGCCGCCCCUACUGGUUGUGUAGAAACCACAUCAAAACCUACACCAUACGCCCACCCAAACUAUCCCAAUGUUACAUUAUGGGAUCUCCCUGGCAUUGGUACCAUUAAUUUCCCAGCUGAUGAGUACCUGAACUAUGUUGGAUUUGAGAAGUUUGACUUCUUCAUCAUCAUCUCAGCUGAUCGCUUCAGAGAAAAUGAUGUGAAACUUGCUCUGGAGAUUGAGAGGAUGAAGAAGAAGUUCUACUUUGUUCGCUCAAAGAUUGACAGCAACUUACGUGAUGCGGAAGAAGAUCAGAGGGAUUUCAACGAGGAGAGGACUCUUGCACAAAUCAGGGAGAACUGCAUUCAAGGUCUCCAAAAACAAGGUUUUGAGUCUCCACAGGUCUUCCUGGUGUCCAGCCGUAAACUCCACCUGUAUGACUUCCAUCUGCUGGAGGAGACAUUAGAGAGAGAACUAUCUGCACACAAGAGGAAUGCUCUGCUGUUUGUCAUACCCAGUGUCAGCCGUGGGAUCAUCGACAAGAAGAAAGAUGCUUUACAGUCAAAAAUAAAGUACUUGGCCUCUAUAUCUGCACUCAUAGCAUCUGCACCAGUCCCUGGGCUCUCUAUAGCUGUUGAUCUAGACAUGAUGGUUAAAACCAUCAAAGAGUACCAGGUCACUUUUGGCCUUGAUAACGAGUCACUGGAGAAUCUUGCUCGUAGCGCACGCCUGACUUUGGCUGAUCUUAGAGCAGAGAUGACGUCACCUCUGGCUGCAACAGAAAUAACCAAAGAGCUUAUCACUAGUAUACUGCACUCAUUUACAUCUCUCAAGUCCUUAAUGAAAGCAGAGGAAGGGUCCAGAUAUAUUCCACUGUUUGGAAUCCCAGCAGCAAUGACCUGCUCUUUUAUCUUCAGCUACAAUGCACUCAAUACUUUCCUCAACAUGCUUGCUGAUGAUGCUCAGAGGGUAUUUACAAGAGCACUGGGUUUAAACACCACAGUGUGAAAUCAGAAAUGAAUGGAAAUAUGGAACAUUGUUUUGCAUUGUUAUUUUUACAGAAGUAAAGAAUCUAAAUACUUCUACCACUGUGAGUGGCCCACUGAAAUAUAUAUAUAAUAUAUAUAAUAUAUAUAUAAAAACAGGUGUCUGUAGUUUCAGCGACAUCAAGCAGGUGAAACACACCUUUACACUGGUCCUACUGGUUAAAAAUAACCCUAACCAUGAGCAAAGUGGGCUUCCCUUUGCUGUGACAACAGCCUCAGCUCUUCAUGUCAUGGAUUCCACAUGUCCAGUAAAGUUCACUGAACUCAUUGUCAUGUUCAUGAAACCAGUCUGACGCGACUUUUAAAGGGAUGAACAUGUUUGGCAACAAUACUCAGAUCAUGAUGUGACAUUCAGACCAUGACUGAUUGGUAUUAAGACUCAGAGUGAAGAAAGAAAACAUUCCCCACCCCAGCACACCACCACCACCAGCCUGGACUGUUGACACAAGGCAGGUUGGGUCUGGACCCUGAUGUGGUCUCAGCUGUUGUCGUCCAUCCACCUCAAGGUUGGAUGUGUUGUUCAGUCUGAGAUGCAGCCUCAUUCUGAUUAAACUCUAGAGACUGUUACCACCGUUUAGAAAUUAGUCAACAAACAUUUCACAGAGUCACUCAGAUCAUAUUUCUCCUCAGUCUGAUGUUUGAUGUGAACAUUAACUGAAGCUCCUGAUCUGUAUCUGCAGGAUUUCAUACAUUGCUCUGCUGUCACAUGAUUGAUUGGACUGAUUGGACAGUUGCAAGAAUAAGCAGGUGUACAGGUGUUCCUAAUAAAGUGCUUGCAGAAUGUGAUAUGUCUGGUUAGCACCUGUAGAGGAUUAUGAUGAGUGACUGCCCUCCUGUGGUCACUGUGAGGAACUACAGAUGUUACAGAUUAUUCAGUCAUUGCUCAUAUUAUCAGUGUGUUACUGCUUUAACAUGUUAAUACUAAUGUUGGUUUUAUGCAUGAUACAUUUGUUCAUGGUAUCCACCUCUACUUAUGUUUUCUCUGAUGGUGAAAGGCUUCUCUGGUUGUAUUAGAGUCAUACUCUUUCUGAUUGGAUGCUGGUAUGGAGCAUCCAAGUAUUACACUGUGUGCUGUGUUAAUUCUAUAUUUGCUAUUGAUGAUGAUGAUGUUAAGUUCCAAUAAAAGAUGUGAA